AUGGAUGGUAUAUUCCACCCGUGGAACUUUUCUGGAACAAUAUUGAACGGCUUAGAGUCUGUCAAGUUACUUGCCGCGACCUGUUCAUUUUUUGUUGUUGGGAUCAUUUUGGUCAUUCAACAACCCCCAAGUCCCAAUCGGGUACGGUGCAAGAUGGUACCACGCAAGGUGCACAAUAUGUGUCAAGGGCAGACAGUAACCUCAGAGUUAGCUCUUGAUCCAUCGCAGUGUCCGCAGAAAGUCUUCCAUAAACUGUUUGAGAGUCACCAUGCGUCGCGUACAUACGAUGGCGCGGCAGAAUCGGAUGUUGACAAAGCCGAAUGGGAAUCAUUAAAUGAGCUGCAGAAGGCUCGCGCUUGCGGGAACUUUGAGUCUGUGGAAACGAGUGAUCUAUUUCUAAAGGUUUAUCAUGAUGCGUUAUGUUGUCUAGAAAAGAACCCAAUGUCAGGGGUUGUAUCCCCCCAGCUGCUGGGGAGCACGGGAGUUUUGCCGUUGACAAUUGUCGCCCCGUUACCUGACCUCUGUCGCCAUUUGGCGAAUUGCAUUGUGCGCGCCGAACAUGAAGUCUUUUUGGGUACCAAUUUCUGGAUCCAUUCGGACGCAUCGACAUUAGUGACGAAUGCUAUCCGGGAGCUUUCCAAACGAGCAGGAGAAAGGGGACAGAAGAUAGUUAUGAAGAUGAUUUAUGAUCGAGGAGAUCCUCGCCAGGCAUGGGAGAAUCGAUUGAGUGUCCCCGAGGACCAAUAUGUCGGCGGGAAAGUGAAGCUCCCUGCUGCAAGCGAGAUCCCCAAUGUUGAUCUCCGAGUCAUCAACUUCCACCGGCCUGUCUUUGGAACGUUCCAUGCAAAAUUCACCGUUAUUGACCGGCGCAUGGCUCUCAUACAGAGCAGUAAUAUCCAAGACAACGACAAUCUUGAGAUGCUAGCUCAUAUCGAGGGCCCAAUUGUUGAUACUUUCUAUGAUUCUGCUUUGCUUUCGGAUGCUCCGAUACCAUGCCACGAAGAAAAGAAUGAUGGUAUUCCUAUAGCGAAUGGAGAUACAGCUCUUCCUGAGCAUACAAUAAACUCUGCCCAUUAUGAUAUGGACUUUGAACAUGAGGCCCGGAGAGUCAACGACUGUGUUCACCCACGAGGUGACGAAACGCGCACACAGGCUGUCAGCCGUCACCUCAAUACAACUAUCCAGCCUAAAACAACAGGCGAUGCACCAGACAGCGACCAGGAUAAUAUGUUCAAUCCUUAUAUGAUCCUACCUCGACACGAGCCCUUCGCAAUGGCAUUGGUAAACAGGGAACCAUUUGGAUCUCCAAACCACAGCAGCAUUCAUACCCCACAAAAUGCGGCGUGGCUAUCCGCAAUCAAUCACGCCCAGCAUUCAAUCUUCAUUCAGACACCAAACAUGAACGCCGAGCCUCUAAUGGAACCCCUCCUUAGUUCCGUUCGCCGCGGCGUGGUGGUAUCCUGCUAUCUCUGCCUUGGCUACAACGACGCAGGCGAGCUUCUCCCGUUUCAAAAUGGGACCAAUGAAAUGAUUGCGAAUAGGCUAUACAACUCGCUCAAAACCGACGACGAGAAAUCCCGUCUACGGGUAUAUUAUUAUGUUGGCAAGGACCAGACUCGUCCGAUCCAUAAUAGCUUUAAGAAGCGGAGCUGUCAUAUUAAGUUGAUGAUUGUUGAUGAGCAGAUUGCGAUUCAGGGCAAUGGAAACCUCGACACCCAGUCAUUCUUCCACAGCCAGGAAGUCAAUGUUCUUAUUGAUUCCAGGCCCGUUUGUCGUGCUUGGACUGAGUUAAUCAACCGCAACCAAAAUACUGCUAAAUAUGGUGCUGCAAGUACAAAGGAUGGCUGCUGGCAUGAUCCCGAAACUGACAAGACCCCCGUGGGCUCAAUGGGGCCUACACGGGGUCGAUUCAGUUGGGCUAAGGGAGUCAUUGGCGCUGUACAGCGAGUGAGAGGUGUUGGCGGAUUCUAG